ACUUGUCGCUAUCAAGACGAAGAAGAACAAGUUCGUUUCUGAAGAAAGUGCAGUACAUUAACUGAUAAAAUGGUGGACGAGCAGUUUGUUAACGAGUACACUUGUCCUGGCGGAGGCUUGUAAGUUAGCUAACGGCUAGUUUCCGGGCUAACGUCAUCGCGCAGUGUUUGUAUGUGUUCGGUUAUUUCAGCGGGCCAGCAACUUUGAAGUAACAACAUGUUCGGAAAAAAGAGGAGAGAGCCGCUCCCUAAAGGCAGGGGCGCCGCCGCCGCCAAGCAGAUGGGCCUGUUUUUAGGUAUGGACCCUGAGGACGUGAUGACGAUGGGUGCCGAAGACUGUUUGGACGACCCGGACUUAGAGGCUGAGUUGGCUGCCAUCACUGGAGGCGAAGCUGCCCCUGUUGCUGGGGGAAGAGACAAACGCAAGGGAAGAAGCCCUCUACCCAUGGAGGACAUCGCCAAAAUGGCUGAUGAGUGCAUGCGAGACGUGGACGAAGAUGAAGACGAUGACAACGUGGAGGACGACGAAGACCUCCUGGCUGAACUGCAGGAAGUGGUCGGAGUGGGGUCUGAUGAGACCGAAGUGAUGUCUCCUUCUGUUGCAGUUUCUGUCGAACCUUCGCCGCAGGAAACGAGCACCCCUGCAGCGGCAGCUGUGCCUGGCAGCAUCCAGCACACGCUGGAGGAGAGGCUAGCCAUGUACAACACGGCGCUUCACAACGCCAAGACGGCGGGCGAGGGCGCCAAAGCCCGGCGGCUCGAACGUGGGCGAAAGACUUUGGAGUCGAUGCUGACCACAGUCAAGAAAGGCCGCCAGGUCAGCGAAGCAGACAUUCCUCCACCAGUCGCCACGGGCGCCGCCCCGGCCCGCCCUUCGGCUCCUGAGGUCAUCACUCCCGACGGCGAAGAGGAAGAACAACGCUCUUCUGCCUCCAUGCCAGUGCUUGCUGCUCAACCCUCACCGGUGGAGGCGGCUCCUUCACCGGAAGAGGCGGGUCCUUCACCUGAGGAGGCGGCUCCUUCGCCAACCACAAAUACAGACGCCGUCCCAGCGAAGGAGCGAGUGACUGCGCUGCUGCUGCAAAGGCAGCGGGAGUACAAAAUGGCUGCCCUCACAGCAAAGAAGGCGGGAGAGGCAGAGCAAGCCAUGGUUUACUUCAGGACCAGUAAGAAAUUUGAUUCCGUGAUUGACGCCUUAAAACAAGGACAAGCUGUCGACCUGAGCGGCCUGCCGCCACCUCCAGGUGAAAGUCCAGCAUCGGUCAAGCAAAACGCUGAAGUCGCCCAAAAUGCUGCCCCGGCUUCAGGCCCUCCGGCCCCCAAGGAUGCACUGGAGGCGCUGGAGCAGAGGCGAGCCAAGUACACUGAGGCCUCGGCUCAGGCCAAAGCCAGUGGUGACGAGCGCAAGGCCCGCAUGCACGACCGCAUCGCCAAGCAAUACCAGAGCGCCAUCCGAUCUCACAAAGCUGGAAAAGCAGUCAACUUUGACGAGCUCCCUGUUCCGCCAGGUUUUCCUCCCAUUCCGGGUCAUAAGUCCACAUCGGCCGAGCAGGGAUUGGUCGCCGCGCUGGAGACCGCCUCCAAGCUCUCAACCACUGAUGAUGCCGCAGAGAGUGCGGAUGAAGCAGAAGAGGAGAAGGAUGAGGAGCCAAAGAAAAGCACACUAAGCGUCCCGGCAGCCUCGCGAGGUCGGAGAAGAUCGUCAUCCGCUUCACCAGAGAGAACUUCGGCAAGAGAUAUCUCACCUGCAGCAACGGAACAGCUUGCAUUUCUGGAGAGCCGUCGCAAGCAGUACUUGAAGGCGGCGCUGCACGCCAAGCAGAAAAAUGACAUGGAGCAAGCCAAGAACUUCCUGCGCACUGCCAAGAGUCUGGAGGCCAUGGCGGAGGCGGCGCGCAGCGGGAAAGCCGUGGACAUAAGCGCGGUGCCGUCGCCUCCCGGAGACGAGGACGAGGACUUUGUCCUGGUGCACCACAGUGACGUGGGGCUCUCCGAGAAGGCGGAGCAGCUCUACGCACAGCUGGCCAAGAUCCUCAGGCAGCAGCGUGAGAAAUGCUUGACUUACUCCAAGCAAUUCACCCACCUAGGGAAUGUCACGGAGACCACCAAAUUCGAGAAAAUGGCUGAGUCGUGUAAAAAGAGUAUGGAAUUUCUAAAGGCGUCUCAAGCUAAGGGUCUCCCUCCCCCCAAACAUCACUUUGAGGACAAAACUUUCCACACAGUCAGAAUGUUCCCAGAUCUCAGCAGCACAGAAAUGGUGGUGGUGAUCGUGAAAGGGAUGAAUCUCCCUGCGCCCAGUGGCAUCCAAACAAAUGACCUUGACGCCUACGUGAAGUUUGACUUCCCCUACCCGAGCACGGAGCAGCCGCAGAGGCACAAAACGAACGUCAUCAAGAACACAAACUGUCCAGAGUACAACCAGAGCUUCAGCCUGUCAAUCAACCGCAACCACCGCGGCUUCAGAAGGGUGGUGACGUCCAAAGGCCUCAAGCUGGAGCUGCUGCACAAAGGUGGCUUCCUGCGGAGCGACAAGCCUAUCGGGACCGCGCACGUCAAGCUGGAACAGCUGGAUUCGCACAGUGAAAUCAGGGAGAUCGUCGAGGUGAUGGACGGCCGCAAGCCCACCGGCGGUCGCGUGGAAGUCCGCGUUCGUCUCCGCGAGCCUCUGAGCGGACAGGACGUACGAGCGAGCGUGGAGCGUUGGCUGGUGGUGGAGCAGUCGCAGCUUCUCGUCUAGAGCGACUUGUCUUCAAAUGCGCUUUGCGGACGGCCAGGUGGAAAGUGACCAACCAUACUCAGGAGGCAUUCUUUGAGAAUGUUUGCACAACGGCAAGACACACGGUGGUCAGCAUCUCACAUUAAGGACUGUUGUACAAGCGCAAGUGGUGUCUAUGCACUAAACAUACCAAAGUAAUCCAUGUUGCUGUAUGAAAUGUCAUGGCUCAGAGUAAUAUAUUAGCACAUUACAGCGGAAAGAGCAAAAAAAAAAAACGCAUAAAGUCGAACUGAUCCUCCAAUUACGGUACAAUUUAAAAUGAUAUAUAACUGACUGCAUGGGUGACAGGGAAGUGCAUAAGAAUUAUUUAACAUGUCAGUUAAAAAAAAAAAAAAAAUCAUUGAGUUAGACUAAAUUCAAAAGUUGAUUCUGAAACGAAAAGUACAUUUGCAGAUGAUAAUGAUCUGCAAUGACAAUUUAGCUAGCACAUUUCAUUCUUGUAACACUGUUAAAAAUAAGUUUGUAAUUUCGCUUACACAACUUCAGGAAUACUGGCAGUUGAAUUUUGUUUUGGUGCCUUUGACAGCAAUGGACGUCAUCGAGUUAAUAACAUCUAAAAUAGCAUGUGGCUAGUACUUAGACUUGACAGUGGUCAACCCCCACUCACGCUUGGCCUAAUAAUCCAAUGAUUGCUGUGGAAGAGGUCUCACUCCUGUCACAGCCAUGUUGUUUACUACUAAAGGCGCAAAAAAGACUUAAUUUAUGAGCGCUAGUUACAAUAUUCAGAAGUCAUGAAAAAUUGGUGUGAAAGGGGCUAUUAAACCUGUAAUGUAGAUUGCAAGAUAAAGCCAUAAUGGCGAAAAAGCCUGUUGAGUUUCUGAACUUGAAACAGUCAUUGUAUAUCAAAGCAUGUUUACAGCAGUCACAACUGUUACAUUUAACAGUGGAUCAUCAAAAAAAAAAAUCGAAAUAAAAGAUUUUACUUAUUUUCUGUCUGUUCUUUCACUAUAUGGACAAAAAAAUGAGAGCUGGUGUAUUUUAUUACAGAAUGCUUAAAAUGGUAUACAAAAACCUGUUUCUCAAUACAAAAAGGUAGCUAUCAAUGUUGUGCACUUUAAAGCGCACCCAAAAGCCUUCGUUUCUCAAAAAUGUGCCUUAUACCGUGGUACUUCUACUUACUACAUGAAUUGAUUCUGGAAGUUGUCUCAUAACCUGAAAAUUUAGUAAAUAUGUUUUACAUGUAAAAUGCCAUAAUCCCUUCCAAGCACUACUGACACGCCACAUUAAAUUUUAUAAUUGGGGUAAAACCGGAAUAAACUAAUUUGAAUCAUUCUAUAUACUUAACCGUUACUACCUGUAAUGAAGUGGAUAAUAGAACAAAAUGCAAAAAAUCUUUAGUAUGUUUCUGUUUGUAUCUAAACAAGCUGAAAGCGCACGGUAGUUCUUUGGGUGUCAAAUUCACCUCUUGUAGCACAUUUCGCCGGUGUAGCACAUUUUGGCAAAACACCAGUUUUGUCAUACUCUCGUCUAGUCUCAUCCAGUCUUUCCUGUUCAUUUUGCUUUUUUUCCUGCUCAUUUUGUGAAAUAUCGACGUUGCUGUCAUGCUCAUAAUUUUUCUUCUCAGGUUCAAAUUGAAAGGGUUGACCAGAUGACAUGAUUAUCUCGCUAGUCAUUCUGUAAGCCCGGCAGCGUAACCUUGUGACGUCAACAACAAUGGCCACCAACUAGUUAAAUUUUACAAAUUGUAUGAAAACGAAAACGUCGAGAGGGGUUUCAAUAUCAAAUUAUUUUAAAUCAUGAUACAGUUGAUCUUUUAAAAAAUACAAGUCUUUCUAUCCAUGGAUCCCUUUAAGUACAGUGGUACCUCUACUUAUGAACAUCUCUACGUGUGGAAUUUUCAGGUUACGACAUGCCCCAGCAGGAAAAUAUUGCCUCUUGUUACACAAUUUCAGGAUAUGAAAGGCAAAAAUAGUGUAUGGGCUGCUACUUGUAGCUCCCAGUUUACUGAACAUAACAAACUUAUAGUUGCUCUGCCGUUGGCUAUUGCCUAGCAUCUUCCGGGCCUCCGAUUGCUGAAGAGGGACCUCUACUGUAUGUGUACAUGCGUUUCCCAGCGUCCUCUUCAUUAGCCCCUCGGGCAAUGAGGUUUCUGACAGCUUUACGAGAGUAGCUUUUACUCUUUACUAUAUAUACAAUUAUUGUGCAAUAAUCCAAUUGUAAAAAUUGUUUAUAAAAGAUGUCUGAACUUGGUGGGGCUUGGAAUGGAUCAGGACAUUUACAUGGAAAAUGAGUCUACUGACAGAAUCAAUUUCAUAAGUAGAGGUACAACCAAGGGCGUAGAUUUGGUCUCAACAUUGGUAGUGACGCUAUAACAGCAUAACCUGCAUAUACACUUUUUGCUGGGAACGGGACAUUUAUAAGACCAAACAGACUGGGUGAACGGGGGUCAGGGCUACAUUUCUCAGAGAUAUGCUGUUGUGUUGCCUAUGCAAAAAUGUAAAAUAAAUUCAUGGGGGAAAUCCCAACUUCAUAUCAAGGAAAUUUACAAUGGUUGUGUUUUUGUGUGAUUUUUUUAAAGAAAUGUCUGCAUAGGCUGCAAAUAAUUUUUCAAUGAAUGAUGGAGAAAAUAUAUUUUAAUUAAUGAAAAAAUGCACAAUUGAAUUAACGUUAAUGGUAGAAAACACAUACAUUACAGGAGGACA